CGAGUUCAAAGCCCUAGAAAUCGAAGAGGAGGAGGAGAAGAAGAAGAAGCUCGGAGAAGAGUAGUGGUGGAGUGGAAAUGGAGGGGCAAGAUGGCAAACAAGAGCCCCAUCUAGUGCUAGCUCACAAGAUAUUCCUUCUUACCCACCCUGAUGUGGAUGAUAUCGACAAGGUCCGACUCAGAGAUGAGGUCGUCUCCACCGUCCGAUCCCUUGAUAUGGAUUCUCUCUAUGAGAGUCUUGCUUCGGACUCUUUGAUUGAUAGGGAUCAGGGUUUGCUGGAUGAGAUGCGGAAGCGGAACGAGGAGGAGAUCAAGAAGCUCGAUGAGAAGAUUGUUGAUGCAGAAGAGAACUUAGGUGAAAGUGAAGUGCGUGAAGCUCAUCUAGCUAAAUCCUUGUUUUACAUCCAAAUAGGAUGUAAGGAAAAGGCUUUGGAGCAACUCAAAUUAACUGAGAGCAAAACAGUUGCUGUAGGUCAAAAGAUGGACCUAGUUUUCUACACUCUCCAACUUGGAUUUUUCUAUUUGGAUUUUGAUCUUAUCUCCAAAAGCAUUGACAAGGCUAAGAACUUAUUUGAGGAGGGAGGUGAUUGGGAGAGGAAAAACCGUUUAAAGGUAUAUGAAGGCCUGUACUGUAUGUCUACUAGGAACUUCAAGAAAGCGGCUAAUCUGUUUUUGGAUUCUAUUUCAACUUUCACAACCUAUGAACUAUUCCCUUAUGAUACCUUCAUCUUCUACACUGUCCUCACCAGCAUUAUUUCAUUGGACAGAGUUUCACUAAAGCAAAAGGUGGUUGAUGCACCAGAAAUACUGGCUGUUAUAGGAAAAGUCCCUUAUCUGUCUGAGUUUUUGAAUUCUCUCUACCAGUGCCAAUACAAGUCUUUCUUCUCUGCAUUCUCUGGCUUGACUGAGCAGAUAAAGCUGGAUCGCUAUCUGCAGCCUCACUUCCGGUUCUAUAUGAGGGAGGUCCGAACUGUCAUCUAUUCUCAGUUUCUCGAGUCCUACAAGAGUGUUACCAUGGAAGCAAUGGCAACAGCAUUUGGUGUCACUGUUGAUUUCAUAGAUCUGGAAUUGUCACGCUUCAUAGCUGCUGGGAAACUCCACUGCAAAAUAGACAAGGUUGCUGGGGUUCUUGAAACAAACAGGCCGGAUGCAAAGAAUGCACUUUAUCAAGCAACCAUCAAACAAGGCGAUUUCUUAUUGAAUAGGAUCCAGAAGCUUUCUCGUGUGAUAGAUUUGUAAACCUGUUAUUGCCAAUUUUUUAUUAAACAAAAAAUGUUUAAAAUCUGCUCAGAACAGUUCUUAGACUGCUUUGAUAAGGUGCCAUCUUUCUCCCAAAUUCAAUUUGUAUCCAACUUUGUAGAAGUAUCUGGAGUUGUAUUUGUCAUAUGUUUUCAGCUAACAAUUCAUAUCCUUUCUUCAGGGAUAUGAGAUUUCCAAGGUUCCUUAUCCAAAAUGAAUCGGGUUUUUUGGAAUUUU